AUGGACGACCAGGCCAACUUCGACAUCAACGAAGCGUUGAAGCUCUAUUUCAAUGACCCGAAGACGAUACCAACUCCCGAGGCCGACUCUGAGUUGGUCGACUGCGAGUCGGAUCCUGACUCCCUUACUCUUCCCCUCAUCAACUCAGUCCUGAACCCAAUUGUUGAUUCCAUUGCGGGAAACGCAGAUGGCAUCACCAGGAGUACAUCGUUCGAUACUCUGCAGCUUUUGCUCAAGUGCGCUCCCUCUUCGUUACAACACCAACAGGUUACCCUCAAGGAACCCGAAGCUGAACUUUACCUCUUGUCUAGGACUUCUUCCCUACUCCCUACCCAUGCUUUGAGCAAGAUCUUUGACCUGGUGGUGUCUGGGUUGUCCGCGGAAGCUGAUGCGGUGCUGCAAGACUUGGAGUCUGAUGAGCAAGAUGUGCUGCAACACCACAAACAGAUCCUCGAAAUGUAUGGCUUCCUCCUUCACUGGGCAAUCUCGGUGGUGGAGGUCAAGGCAGCGGAAAAGCCUACAGCAGCCGCUCCAACACGGAAGGGUCCCAAAGGAGCGAAAUCGAAGUCAUCAGUCAAAGAUGGUAAUUGGGACUCGACAGGACAAAUACAGGUCGCAAUGGAGGCAAUGUGCAAAGUGAUGAAGUUGAGGCUGAACAAGAUAUUUGCUACAACUUCGGAGCGGGACACCUUUGUCAACCUGUUUACCAGGUCGGUGUAUCUCAUCAUGGAGAGUGAAGCAAGGAUCAAGACUACCGCUACCCGCAUGUUCUGUUUCAAAGUCCUCUGUGUGGCAGUAAAGCAUCAUGGUCAUGCCUUUGGCGCACAAACAUCGAUCGUGCAGAAUCUGACAUACUUCGAACACCUAUCAGAGCCAAUGGCAGAGUUCCUGCAUAUUCUUUCAGAACAAUAUGACUACCCCCAGCUGUCUGGGGAGAUCAUGAGAGAAUUAACAAACAAGGAAUUCAAUCCGAACGAUACAAAAGGCCCAAAAUCGAUAUCUAUAUUUCUUACAAAGCUUUCGGAGUUGGAACCCAGGUUGGUGAUCAAAGAGAUGGGUCUUUUAGCCAAAUUUCUUGAUAGCGAAGCAUAUACUCUUCGUUGUGCUGUCAUUGAGGUAUGCGGCAAUUUGGUGGCAGACUUGAGUAAGCAAGAAGAGCGAACUGAAAACUACAAUGUUCAGAUCAAUGCUUUCUUUGACACUCUGGAGCAGAGAUUUCUGGACACCAAUCCAUACUGCCGGUGCAGAGCCAUUCAGGUGUAUAUGAAGCUAUGUGAUCUGGAGCAGAAAUUUCCCAAAAGACGACAAGCGGUGACGGAAUUAGCUGUGCAGAGUCUACAAGACAAGAGCAGCAAUGUCCGCCGCAAUGCUGUGAAGCUGAUAGGAAAGCUCGUUUCCACACAUCCCUUCAGUGUCAUGCACGGAGGGCAGCUGUCUCACAAAGAAUGGUCCUCACGUCUGGAGGUGGUCGAGAACGAAUUGACUGCGCUGAAGCCUCCUCCUCAGUCUCCGGGCUUGGCUGAAACUGCAGAUGGACAAGCCAAGGUCGACAGCGAUCUGCUGGAUGAUGCAACGCAGAUCGAUGGCGCAUCCUCCGAAAAACCCAUGACAGAGGACGAAAAGGCUGCAGCAUUGAGAAAAGCACAAGAAGAUGCCGCAACAUCUGAAGCAAUUGGGAAGCUUCAGCUGACAAAGAAAUACUACACCGAAGCCUUGCGGUUCAUUGAGAGUGUUCAUGAAGCAUCAGAGAUAGUAUGCCAGCUUCUUUCAGCGAGGAACAAGAGCGAAGUCAUCGAAGCAAUGGACUUCUUCGUUGUCAUUGACGCGUACAAGGUGGAGACUGCGAGGAUUGGAAUCCGACGAAUGCUUCGUUUGAUUUGGACAAAGGGCAACAGCGAUGAAGGCAAGGGGGUUCAAAGUCAUCUAAUUGAUUGCUAUAAAGGCCUCUUCUUUGAUGCGCCAGAGUCGUUCAACGGAAAUGAUGCAGCGAAUUUUAUCGCCAGGAAUAUGAUCAGCUUGACUUUUGGGGCAAGCCCGGCGGAAUUGACAUCCUUGGAGCAGCUUUUGAGCACGAUGGUGAAGGCUGGACAUGUGUCGGAGGUGGUGAUCAAUAAACUUUGGCAAGUGUACGGGGUACAAAAAGAUAUUUCCGCAGCGCAGCGCAGAGGUGCAAUCAUUGUUCUCGGCAUGAUUGCUCUGGCUGAUCCGGAGAUUGUUGUGAAAGAGACAGAGACUAUGCUGCGUAUUGGACUUGGACAGUACGGACGGUCAGACUUACUCCUCGCCAAAUUCACCUGCAUCGCGCUAAAGAGGAUGAUUCCAGCAGCAAAGAAGGCUCAGGAAAAAAGCGCCUCUACAGGCAUCUCGAAAAUGACAAAUGACCACGCUGUAUUGGCCAGACUGGCUUCCUUGAUGUUGGUUUCAACCGACAGUCAGGAAUGGUUCGGCAUGGCAGAGCAGGCAAUCGCGGCGAUAUAUGUACUUUCCAACCACCCUGACGUUUUGUGCUCAGAGGUGUUGCGGCAGAAAACGAGACUGGUAUUCCAGCAGACACAGAAAGCGCCCUCGCUCUCCAGAGCAGCAUCGCCAGAAACCAUGGAUAAUAGUCAGGAUCCCGAGCAAGCAUCAGAAGAAGCGAUGGAGCCGCAGGAAGGAACAAGACAAAAGCCAUCCAUAGCUCUGUCUCAGCUUUUAUUCGCUGUCGGCCAUAUCGCGAUCAAACAGAUCGUACACCUAGAACUGUGUGAAAUGGAUUUCAAGCGAAGGAAACAAGAGCAAGAGAAGAGCAAACCUCCUGUUGAUGCAUCUCCGAGGAAGUCAAUGGGACAAGCACCAGCACGAAAGAAGAAGUCUGCUGCUGAAGAUGUCGAGGGUCAGCCAGAGAAGCAAAUGAAGGAAGAAAAGGAUGAGCUUGACAUGAUUGGUGGUACAACUGAGGACGAUUUCACUGAAGCCAUAGCUCACAUCAGAGAGCGAGAGCUGCUGUACGGACCUAAUUCGCUUCUUGCCAACUUCGGGCCGCUAGUGACUGAGAUCUGCGCCAACAAUACUGCAUACAAAGAUCAAAAUCUUCAGGCAGCAUCUACUCUGUGCCUCGCCAAGUUGAUGUGUGUAUCUGGCGAAUAUUGCGAGAGAAAUCUACCGUUGUUGAUCACGAUUCUUGAACGGUCUGACGAUCCUAUCGUGCGAUCGAAUGCAGUCAUUGCACUUGGAGACAUGGCAGUCUGUUUCAACCACCUCAUCGACGAAAAUACCGAUUUUCUAUACCGUCGGCUCAACGAUCGAGAUGGCUCUGUAAAGAGAACAUGUCUGAUGACAUUGACAUUCCUCAUCCUGGCAGGUCAAGUCAAGGUCAAAGGUCAGCUUGGAGAGAUGGCCAAAUGUCUUGAAGAUGAAGACAAGAAAAUCGCAGAUCUUGCUCGUAUGUUCUUCACGGAGUUGUCGACCAAGGACAAUGCUGUCUACAAUCACUUUGUGGAUAUGUUCAGCUUGUUGAGCUCGGAGAAGGAGCUGGAGGAGGAUGCAUUGAAGCGGAUUUUGAAAUUCUUGUGCGGCUUUAUUGAGAAGGACAAGCACGCCAAGAACCUAUCAGAAAAACUCGCCGCCCGGCUCGCGCGCUGCGAGACAGAGACCCAAUGGAAUCAUACUGCCUACGCGUUGGGAUUGCUGCAGCAUAAGAACGGUAGCGGUAAUAGUAGUGUCAAUGAGGAGAUUGGGAAGGUACUGGCCGGAGGGUUCAGAGUAGUGCAAGGGGUCCAGGCUGAAGCGCAAGGUUAG